GCUUUCUAGAACUAAAUAUUUUUUUUUAGUUUGAUUUUCUUUACACACCCAUAUACAAAAAGCCACAGAACAAAUUGGAGGGAAGCAAUUUUAUUGGAUAAUAGGGAUGGAUUUAGUCACAGUAGAAUGCAUUGUUAUUUGAACCUAAAGAGUGAUAAAUGGCUUGGUCUAUAUACAAAAGGCAGUUCUUGGUUUUCUCUUUUUCUCUUUAUUUUUUUUUUAUGUAUGAGUUCAACAUGUCCUUAUGCAGUAUCUGUCAUUCACCCAUAGAAGAAGAUCCAUGUCGAGCAAAAGACUGUAAUCAUGUCUUUCAUACUUCUUGCCUAACAAUAGCAUUUCAUCAAGGCACUGUCUGUCCUUUUUGUCCAAACCAAAUUCUCGUCAAACUCUAUCAAAAGAUAGAAACAGAUGAAUCUCAAACUACUUUGUUGUCUGAACUGACAAAGGAGCUCGACAACCGAUUUGAGUGUCAAACAGAAUCAAUGAAACAACAAAUGAAAUCCUUGGUGCUUCAUGAUAUCUCAAGACGUAAACAAGAAUAUCAACAGUUAAAGACCAUGUAUAAAGAAGCAUUGUUUGGUCUUGAAGCAACACUGAAGGAUAUUGUUCAUCAACAAGUGGUAAAUAAACAACUUGAAUAUUCACAAUGGAGCAUUAAAACAAACACUGAUAAACAAAAGACGGAUUUAUCAACCGAGUUGACCAAAGACACAUUGACGUUUCGCCAAAAACAACAGUGUUUAGAAAAACUCAUUCAAAACUAUGUGGACGCGCUCGAAAGACGCAACACGCUUGCCAUUCAACUUCAAGAAAAGAUUCAAGAAUUAGUUGUUCAAUGUGCCAGUUUAUCACCAGAAUCUCAACCUUUAGUCGAAUCUGAAAUUAAUGCGAUUCAAGAGCAAGUCCUUGAUCUUUCUACAAGACAGACAGAACAAGAUGUUGCUUAUGCAGAGCAAUUCAUAAGAAUUGGGCGUAUCUGUUCU